GAGAGACUGUGAUGAAGUAGAUGGAAAGCGGGCGUACCAUGGUGGUAUCAAAUGUGUCAUGGCUUCGCCUCCUGGUAGCAUUGAAAAAGACGACCUGGAAUGUUGUGCAAGUGAGGCAGUUGACUCAAUAAUAGAAAUUCUUGAAACUAACGAAAAGCCUGUCAGUUCGAUUAUUGACAUACAUGCUGUAAAGGGGACACUUCAUUCAGAGGUGCCGACGAGGAUAUAUAUUCCACAUUACUCUGGAUUUAGUUCAAGCGAUGAAACUGUGGUCAAAGUAUCAUUGAAUCAAAAAGACUGGAUUACAGUUUAGCCAGUACCUACGACGUCGAAUAUUGAGGAACAAGAGAAGCUGGUAAAUAAACUUGCUGGAAUAGAAGUUAAUGACUUCAGUUCACUUAAAGCCAUUGUUGUAACAAGACCAAGAUGUCAAACUAUCAUGGUUGAUAAACCCGGUAUAUCAGUUCAAUCUACAAUGGACAAGAACAUUAAGCUCUUUGUUCCAAGAAAUGCAUUUGGCGUAAGAACAGAACUGAAAUUAAUGGUUCAGUCAGUUUCCGAACAGACACUUGCCUCAUUUGUGAAGGACAAUAAGGCUUUGGACAAUAUACAAGCUGUUAGUUCCAUUGUUACUCUCAUUAACGGAAAACAUCCAUUUAAAGCCAUUGAAAUUGACCUGAUGAAAGCGUCAAAGAAGCAAAAUGAUGGGAAGUUUCAACGUGGAAAGACAUACCAGAUGUAUACGACAAACGACAAAGUAUGGAAGUUUGCUGAUGUUGAGUAUAAAGGACAUCUGGACGAUGUAACAGUAAUGCUUCCUCCAGGUCGACAGAAAUACACCAUAAUUGAAGUAGAUAUGCCAUCAAGUUUUCCGAAAGAAAAUGUGCCUAGCAUUGCAGAGGCCUUGCAUAUCUGCAUCAACAAGACAGUCGUUGUGAUGAUUGCUAAACAACAUGAAGAUGAUUUAAAGAAAUGUGCAUUAAGAAUUGUAAGACGGGAGAUUAUCAAGGACACAUUAGAAUUUCUGAAAGGGAAUGGAUAUACAGAAGGUCCAGAUCGAAGCGCUGAAUUCAGUUUGCAGGAAGGCCAACAGUAGGAGGUCAACUGCACGGGGAAUAUUGAAAUUACAAAGGAACCAAAUCAAAAGAACAUAUUUACUUAUUUGACGUACAUUGGCGGGGUUGCGACUGACUUGACACUUCGCGUAAAGGAUUCCUGGAAACAGAAAGAUCUUCAAGCCUAUGCCGGAACAAUAAGAAGUACUGUUAUAAAGAAACAUGUAACUUCAGAAAAGUUAUUCACACUUUCAGUCGAAUUGACAAUAUCUCUCCCAAAGGUAUGACAUGUAUUGUCGCAUAAAUUAGUCUCCGCAAAAGUUCAUUUAACAGACAUUAAUUGCAAACUGCAAUAAUAAGGCUACCUUUGCUAAUUCAUAAGCAUUAUCCUUCACGUUGAAGAAAACUUAAAAU